AUGGAGUCUCUGUCGCCAGCUCCAUCCGCUGCUCCGACCGUCGCCAUCGUCGCCCAGGACACCACCGUCACUCCCGUCAACUGCCCGUUCCAACUCUUCAACCAGGAAGUCGUCUGGAAUGGAAAAUGGAUUCAGACGAGACAAGUAGGAUUCCGCACUCAGAACGGACAAGAAGGAGUACGCGUUUUCACUUUCAUUCGAAAAAUUUUGAAUUAUUUCAGGUCUGGCAAUCGGUGCAUCGGAACACAAAGCCAGUUGGAGCACCCGCCGACGGAGUCUCUAUCAUUGCGCGAGUAAAAAAAGACGGAAAAGUGUUUAUAGUGCUCGUGAAGCAGUUCCGUAUUCCGACCGGAAAACUGUGUCUCGAGCUGCCGGCCGGACUCAUCGAUCAUGGAGAGACUGCUCAGCAGGCGGCGAUCCGAGAACUCAAGGAAGAGACCGGGUACACGAGUGGAAAGGUCGUCAAUGAGUAAGUGCUCUGAACUUUGAUAACUUAGUCUGAUGCGCCAUCAUUCCAGGUCAAAACUCUGCUUUCUGGACCCCGGACUAACCGACGACUCGCAGUGUCUUGUGGUCGUUGACGUCGACGGAGACGCUCCGGAGAACCGCAAUCCGGUGCAAAUGCUCGAUAGCACGGAAUCGAUCGAAGUCCUCCUUGUGGAACAGUCCCGGCUGAUGUCCUACAUCGACGCUCUCGACUCGUCCGUCGUCGUCGAAUCGUCUCUUCUCGCGUACGCAAUGGGCGUCCACUUUGCCACUCUCACAUAA